AUGUCCUCGUCUUCCCCAACCACCAAGAUGCUUCUCAACGGAGAAUACUUCCCUCAACAACCAGCACCACCCCAUCAACACCGAAGCUAUUCCACCUUUUCAGAUGCAGUCGGACAGUCCAAUGGUCAUGCAAAUGGUAGCUCCGAGGGAGGUUAUUUCGAUCUAUCACCAGGUGAAUCAACUUCCAGACAAAGUAUCUCAAGACCUUUCCCCCCUAGACGCGGGAAGGGAAUGACGAUGGAGGAAGUUCAUGCUGGAGGGAUUAUAUCGGAGGAAGAAAGGUCUGUGUUAGAAUUUGAGGAGAUACCGAAGGAUGAGAAAGAAAUCAAGAGACUACCUAAAAAGCUGAGGCCAUAUUACGAACAUCUGGCAUUGAUAUAUUCGCAUUAUCAAGAAGUCGAUUCACUCCUUUCCGGUUCACUCCCUCACGAUAUAGCCAUAUCAUUCUCACCUCAACGUAGCUAUCUACAGAGAAUAGGAGAUUUAGAAGAAGAAGUUGCGACUCCUCCUGGACAGAUGGGGGGGAGGGGGAGUGCGUGGAAAAUCAAAAGGAGUAGAAUGAUCGACCAAGAUCAGGAACAGGAUGAGAAUGAAAGUACCGGUUUAUUGGGUUUGGGAGGGAACGGAAAAGGGAAUGGGAGUAGUAAAGAGGAAAGCAGAGAGAAUUUGGCGAAAUUAGCUUUGAAUGUCAAUACAAUCGUAAAUAUCCUACUGGUAGGAGCAAAAGCGAUAGCUGUACUUUACUCCUACUCAAUAUCCUUGACUGCGUCCUUGGUGGACUCUGCUCUGGACUUGUUAAGUACUUUGAUUAUUCUGGGGACAAGCUGGGCUAUAGGGGUUAAAUCUGAUAGGCACAAGUAUCCUGCUGGAAAAAGGCGGUUUGAACCUUUGGGAGUACUCAUCUUCUCAGUAGCGAUGAUAGCAUCCUUCGUACAAGUGUUCAUCGAAUCCUUUCAAAGAGCUAUGAAACCUUCUGAAGAAGCUCCAGUAGAUCUGAGCUGGCUGGGUAUAGGGGUCAUGUUAGCUACCAUAGGAAUCAAGUUUGUCUUGUGGAUAUGGUGUUCCCGUAUACCUUCUUCAGGCGUACAGGCUCUAGCUCAAGACGCAGAGAAUGAUGUGUUUUUCAAUAUGAUGUCUCUGGCUUUUCCCUGGAUAGGUACAUUCUUCAAGUGGAGAUUGCUCGAUCCAAUCAGAGGUAUGGUCCUAUCAACGUAUAUCAUUGUGGAGUGGAUCAAAACACUACUGCAGAAUUUCGCGAAUUUGUCCGGGAAAUCAGCAUCUAGAGAUCAAGUUACAAGAGUAUUAUAUCUGGUAUCGAGGUUUAAUCCUGUUUUGGAAAUCGCUGAUGUGGAAUGUUAUCAUAUUGGAGACGAUUUAAUCGUUGAGAUAGAUGUGAUUCUACCGAGAUCGAGUUCAUUGCAUUUUGCUCAUGAUGUCGGAGAGACUAUACAUCUCGAUGGAGUGAUAAGAGCUUAUGUACAUUGCGAUUACUCUUCACAAAAUCCACUCCAACACACCUCUCGUCCCGCUCCAUUACCAGCUUCCAACCUUCGUCCAUCAUCCACAACGUCCAGUUCCAGCUCCGGAACACCUACACCCCGUCCUACGAAUCACAUGCUGAGUGCGAUCCAGGAAGGAGCAGUAAGGGGUGGAGGAGCCAAUCUGAUGAAUAGAGGUGGUCAAGGUGGAGUACCGGUUGAAUCGCCCGGAGAGAUAGAGGUAUGA